AUGACAAACAGUGCUACUUUCGCAAAUAAUAUCGUCACUGUUAACAAUGGCAUGGAGGAUAUCGAUAGGGAGCAGAGUGGGCUGGAAUACUCGUCCGCUGACUCGGAAAAUGACCCUGUCGGCUCCAAUGGCUCUGGCUCUGGCAAUACGCGUGGACUGAAGCGGAAGCGACCUCUCACUGUCUCAUGCGAGAUUUGCAAGCAGAGAAAGGUCAAAUGCGAUCGUGUGCAACCUAGCUGUGGUUGGUGUACUCGUAAUGGGCAGCUUUGUGAGUACAGAGAACGCAAGAAGCCCGGUUUACGUGCCGGCUAUGGGAAGGAACUUGAGCAUCGACUCGACAGGCUAGAACAAGUCAUCCAAACACAGGCCAGAAUAAUUGAGAUGCAUGUACUGCAAAGUAAACCUUCAGCGGUCCACAAUAGAUCGAUCUCAUAUAGUUCUCCGUCCGAGCUAUCUGCAGCUCAUGGCCUCAGUCCGCAGAUGACACUCUAUCAUAAUGAGCCGGCUCCUUCGGCGAUUGCGCGACAUACCGAUAUAACCACCAGUCCCUCAGACAUUUCACUCAAGAACUUAGCCCCGGAUAAUCUACAGAGUGGUAGUUCGCUAUCUAUUUCUCAGAAUGUAUACAACGGUGACUUUACUGGAAACGACUCCUCACUGAAAGUUCCAGUCAGUAUCUUUGCCAACCAGGAGCAGUCUUUAGCAGACCCUGAUCUUGACCUUCCCCCAUAUGAUCUCCUUUAUGCACUAGUAGAUCUAUAUUUCGAUCAUAUCAACUCCUGGUGCCCAAUCCUCCAUCGCCGAUCAAUAUUGGACACCUUUUUUGGCCCAUCACCACUUGAAGAGGAGAAUCGCAUGGUCCUUUACGCCAUUGUGGCAACCACUCUUCGCUUUUCUACUGACAAACGGCUCAACGACCAAAACAGAAAGCGCUACCAUGAUUCCUCCAAACAAAAGGUGCUUCUUUAUGGUCUCGAAAACUCGUCCGUCAGAUCUCUUCAGGCACUGGUAAUUUUGGCGCUGGAUUUGGUCGGAUCAUCAAAUGGACCUCCUGGUUGGAAAUUGCUUGCUCUGAUCACCCGAUCAGUAGUACAAUUGGGGUUGGCUGUGGAGUCAAAGUCAUCCCUCAUUGCACCGAUCUACCCUUCAAUCUACACAUUGCGAGCAGUAACUUUAUCAGAACCAGAUUCAUGGAUUGAGGAUGAGAGCAGACGUCGUUUGUUCUGGAUGGUCUACUUUCUAGAUCGGUACUCGACAAUUGCCACCGCAUUUGACUUUGCCUUGGAUGACAAAGACAUCGAUCGCAAACUUCCCUGCAAAGAUGAGUUUUUUAUGAGAAAUCAGCCUGUUGAAACACGAAGGUUCAACUGCUCUAGUGAGCGUGCCGACUAUCGCAGUCAUACAGAAAAUGUGGGUUCAUUCGGGCUGUAUGCCGAAAUAUUGGGUAUCCUUUCUCGUAUCCAUGUGUUUUUGAAGCGUCCCGUGGACAUCGGGUCUCUAUCCGACGUUGAGGAAUGGCAGGCUACAUAUCGGAGGCUUGAUAGCGAUCUUACCUCAUGGGAAUUCAAUCUGCCUGCAGAGUACGUCUACGAUAAUUCAUUUCGAAUUUUCAGCGGAGUUAAACCGGGUACUCUACGUAGCGAAUGGGUACAGCUUCACGCUACAUAUCAAACCGCUGUGAUUCGUCUCCACUCAUCUGCUGCAUACCCGACGACUCGGUCCCCAAUCUUCACGCCCUCAUACAGCGCCAGCCAACGGUGUCUUCUUGCCGUGGAAAACAUUCUCUCCGUAACACGACUCGUAGUCGAGAAGAACAUCCUCGAUAAACUCGGACCGCCAUUUGCGUUCACCCUCUGGGUCUCAGCUCGCCUACUACUUGUUCACGGAUCCACCAUAGCUCACACCGUUAGUCCCGACAUUCUAUUUUUUGUCGACACACUCUCUCGCAUGGGACAGCACUGGAAAGUUGCCGAGCGCUACAGCGACAUCCUGCAACGUGUUCUUGACGAGUAUGGUGAAUAUCAACAGUCCGCCGCAACAGAUGGACAGCGAACAACGCCAUCCACCGUCAAAAUCUUAGCAGACAUGCGACGCUGUGCAUUUGACCUAGACUUUCUCAUAUCCCGCCAGCCUCGCGAGUCUCCGCCUAGAAAUACUAGAAAUGGAAAUGAUGUCCGUCGUCCAUUUUCCGCCAUUACUCCGAGGAGCCUUGCUCCAAACGAGUUGGAGUACCUCGACGUGUUUGGAUUCUUCAAUUUCCCACGAGUGCCACCUGCCUGUGCUCCAGAUCCAACUGCACCAUCAUCAUCGCAUCUAGAUGUCUCGGAUCCUGUUCAGAAUCCAAUGUCCAUUCAUGGACUUACGGAUACAAGUCCGGUCGUGGAUGGAGGUAACUCGUGCAAUGUGAACGAGUUUAAUAUUACCAAUUAUCUCAUCCCAACGCCAGAGACAGAUUGGUUGUUUCGACCAGCUGAAUGA